CAUCUAUGUCUUGAAUUUGGCUGUGGCUGAUUGUGGAGUAAUCAUAAUGACGGUUUUGACACAAAUAUCCGAAAUUCAGAAUCCAUUUAAUUUUAGAGCAUACUUUAUUUUAAAUCUUCUUUCUUUUGUAUUGUACAAUACUAGUCAACUUUUACUUAUCAGCAUCAGUGUGGACCGUUGUGUAUCCGUGCUUUUUCCAAUUUGGCAUCAAUGCCAUCGGCCACCCAAAUUGUCCCUCAUUGUGUGUGCUGUCACUUGGGUUCUGCCCCUUGUGUACUUCGUAUUGGAACUGGCAGUUCUAUUUCAAGACCAUUUUCUAUUGUUUCAGUUGAUUUUCAAUGGGCUGAUUUCUUACCCAUUGAUGGUCAUAUCCUCUCUGAUCUUGCUUGUUAAAAUAUUCUUUAAACAGCACCAACAAAAGCGGAAAAGGGUGUUAACAGUCACCUUGCUUGCACUCAUGUGCUUCAUUGUAUUUCGUUUGCCUCACAGCAUUUUUUCUGUUAUUACUUACAGUAUAGUAAAAAACAGUGAUUUAACAUCGGUACUCGGUGCACUGUUUACGAACUCACCAAUAGAAUAUAACAUGAUGGCUGACAUUUUUUUAGCUAUUAUAUAUAGCACUCACCCCUGGUUUCAACAUAUAUUCAUUCUUGCAUUGGUUUCUGACAUCUGUAUUGCAGUAAAUAGCAGCAUCAAUCCAAUCCUUUAUUUCCUGGCUGGGAGAAAUAAGGACGAUCAAUCCAGAGUAAGCAUAAAACUUGCACUCCACAGAGUUUUCAGAAAUGAGGAAGAUACCAAGGAAAAUGAGAUGCAGCCUGAUAAAACCUCAUUAUGAAUAUUUAAUCUGCGGUAUUCAGC